AUGUCCAGCAACGGCGCUCAAGUCAUUAUCCUCUAUCCUCGCAAGGAUGGCUCGAAGUUCGACCUCGACUACUACCACUCCACACACAUGCCGCUUGUCAAGGGCAAGUGGUCAGACCUGGGUCUGAAGUCAUUCAGCGUUGUUCAGCUCGGCCCGGACAACCAAUACAGCAUCGCCGGCAUCCUAAACUUCGAGAGCCAGGAGAGUGUCGGUAAGGCAAUGGCAGAUCCCAGCGCAAAAGAAAUUAUGGGCGACAUUCCAAACUUCAGCAGCGAACAACCCGUUGUUGUCGGAGGCAGUGUCACUCUUCGAGGUUAG